AUGGAACCCGCUAAUAUGUUUGCUUCCUUUAUUCUUGGAGAUCCAUCAGAGAUUCCAGAGGUCAUUCAAGAAAAUGAAAAACUCGGUUUGCUUUAUGCAUCUAUCGGCAAAAUUCGGGGAGAAAUCGACAUCAUUUGUACUGAUAGAAGGCUCUUUGUAAAGAAAUGGGAAAGGCUUUUAAGGGAACUGGAGGAACUCUCACAAGAGAAAAAUCGACUUGUUCAUACCUCUUUGGAUGUACUUUCUGAACGCGAAAAACUCGUAAAGAAAAUUCGAGCCGUUUCGGCAAAAAAUAAAAAGGACAAAGACUUGAUUGAUUUGGAGAUAAAGGAACGUCAACGGACAAACGAUUAUAUGAGUCGCUUACAAGUCUUUAUUAAAGUCAAAUCUAAAAGCCGAUAUAAGCAUUCAAUCAUUCCGAAACUAGACCAAGCAGCUACGUAUGAAUCGGAAAUAAGUCAUAUUGAGGGGUUUGAAGAAGUCCUUAAUAAACUUGGAAAUAUGUUGGGUGUAACCGAUGUUGAAGAAAUCGUCAAACUUUUCGAAUCUAAAGAAGCCCAAAUUAAUCGCGCAUUUGAGUACAUCAACGUCCAGGAAUCGAAGUCUUCAAAAAUCAAAGAAGAAAUCGAUCGACUUGAGGAGGAAAAGGCCCGUACUAUAGAUGAGCUCAAAGCAAGCGCGGAUCUCUUUCGAGAGCAGAUAUUAAGACUUGAUGAAAAGUAUGUGGGCAUUAAAACGGAAACGGUGGCGUUGACGAAGUCUCUCAAUAAGGCAAGGAAGCUGGCUAAGCACAUUCUUAGGGAAAUUGCAUUCCUAAAAUCAAUCGUGCAUUUCGACACUGACUUGGAGGCGGAUUUGGACACGCCAGCAUCUAGUGGCUUAAAGAAAACCAUGAUGGCCUUGGAGCAACAAAUUUGCCAGAUUUAUGACUUGUACAAGGGAUUGAAAAAUAAGUCUGGAGAUGCUAUGGCCGCAGAAGUGUCUGACACCUCGUCGAACCUUCAAAGUGAUUCUGCAAUCAACGAAGACAAUUCAACUACAGACGGCAUCGAUGAUCUUCCGACAGUGGGGUAA